AUGUACCAGUUUUUACUCGAAGACUGGAGGCAACUCGAUGAACUUACAAGAGACACAAUGUGGGAGGAAAUUCAGGCAAGGUUCAACUUGAAAGAACAAUGGCAAAAGGAUGCUAUUAUAAAACAAAUGGGUGGUCUCUUCAGGGCAUCAAAAUCACGGCUGGUGGCCAAUAUCCGUGCUAUAAGUAGCAGGGAAAAAAUUAUUAACUUAAAACCAAGCAAUAUUCCCUCUUUGGCAACUUGGCUAAAUUGGGUGAAGAGCAAGAAAGGAGAAGAUUUUAAGAAAACAAGUGCCCACUUCAGGGAAUUGCGUAGGAGUCAGAUCCCGCACACUACAGGACGCAGAGGAAUGGUUCGUCUAACUCAUAAAAUGAAGAAGCAGAGCAAGGAGCCUGAAAAGGUUACUAGAAGUAAGGUUUGGAUUGAAGCACACACACAUAAAGAUGGGAGACCCGCGAGACCAGAAUUUGAAGAAACCAUUGAAAAAAUCAAAACAAUUGAUAGUGAGCUCGACUCCACUGCUAGCACGAAUAUUAAAGAAGAUGCUGUGAGUAAAGUCUUAGGACAAGACAGACCAGGAGAGUUAGAGGAACAACUUCAUAACUUGACUGAAUCAAGGAGAGUUGAAGUUGGGUCUACCUCUGAAAGGAAGAGGUUGUUUGGGGAAGGAGAGUUUGUUUCAUCUGACGCAGCGUACAAGAUUGGACGCAUUCCAAUAGGUCCUAACACGGCUGCUAUUAUUGUCAAGUCAUAUGAGGAGCAAGAAGCAGGGCCACUAUGGAGGCCUUCAGUAACUGUCAGAACACUGAGGCAAGCUGUUGGACAAGUUAUCGCAUGGCCAGUAGAUAGGUUCAUAUUGGACAGUGAAAUGGACUCUCCAACUCAUAAGACUGCUGGUUCUGCGGUGACAAGUGAUGAUAAGAUAAACAUAUAUGAUUGGAAUUCAACUGGUGUAAUUGUUGCUGAGGGUCGUUUGUGUUCGACGGACCCAGAUGAUCUGGUAAACGACAUCCCACUAGGUCCAGGUGCUGCUAUUGUGAAGGUUGAUGUGGCAGUUGUUGAAGAUGCAUAUCAAUGGAGACCAGUUUCUGAUGAAAUGUUUCUGAUGAGUCAUGCAGUUAAGAUGAAAAUCUCAUGGCCUCAAAAUAAGAUUCAACAGAUUAGUCAGCAAGCCAUGAAGGAGACGAUAUCAAAGAAUAGCUCUCCCAAGAGUGUAAGUCACAGCUCUGAUAGCAGCAAAAGUGGUAAAAGAAGUGCAUCCUCUUAGAUUGCAAAGGGUCUGGCAAUAAGGUGGCUGAAGGUAGAGUUUUUUCAACCGAUCCAGAAGCUAAAGUUCAUUUUGUCCCCUUGGGUCCCAAUGCAAGCAAGGUAUGGGUCGAUGUCGUUAAAAUUGGAGAAGCACCUGUUUGGAGAGGAAAUUCAGAGAUUCAGUUCAUUGAUGAUGCUUUAGGUGUUCCAAUAGCUUGGCCUAAUAAAUUUCUCAUUAUCUGUUGAAUUAGAGAAUGAACUUGUUGUUGGAUAUCUUUUUAUGAAUUAUGUAUGAUACUUUGGCUUUUAAUCUGAUAUUUUAGUGUUUUUAAUUUCGUUAA